GCCGGUCUCGAUCUCUACUUUUCCACCGAUUCGGGACAUUCCUUCAAGUCCACCAUUCUCUAUCGACCCUACUUUUACGUGCUGCCGGAUCUUACCGGAGUCGGACCGGAACACGUCGCGAUUGUCCUCGAACUCCUGCAAACCACGCUCACGCGACUCGGAGAAACCGCUCUCCACGGAUGCCACAUCGUCACCAAGACCGAUCUCGACCAACCCAACCAUCUCGCACCCAAACACCAACACCCCAACGGACGCAAGGUCCUCAAAAUGGUCUGCGACAGCGUACAACAACUCAUGCAGCUCCGGGAAAUCGUACGCGAUGUCGUCCACCAGAACCAAGCACGAAAGACCUCGGCUCCAACCUUUCAACCACACAACGAUCAGGCCUACCUGCAGGACCCCCUCGCGCUCCUCGUCGACAUGCGCGAGUAUGACGUCCCCUACGUCGUCCGCACCUGUACGGACUUGGACAUCCGGGCGGGAACCUGGUACGACGUCCACUUGCUCGACGAUCCGGAGGACGACUUUGGCGGCGUCCGCUUGCGCAAUCCCGACCGCGAGUCCAAGGCCAAUCCAACCUUUCUCGCCUUUGAUAUUGAAUGCACCAAGGCUCCGCUCAAGUUCCCCUCCGCCGAUGUGGACGAAAUCUUUAUGAUUUCCUACAUGGUCAGUACUCCACAGGGUGGACAGGGGUUCCUCGUCACGUCUCGUUCCGUCGUCGCCGCCGACGUGCACGACUUUGAAUACACACCGCAACCCAACUACCCCGGACCCUUUACCAUCUUCAACGAAGCCAACGAGCAGGCACUGUUGGAACGAUUCUUUGCCGAGUACCAGAGGUGGAAACCGCAGAUUGUCGUCACCUAUAACGGCGACUUUUUCGACUGGCCCUUUGUGGAAGCCCGGGCCAAACUCUACGGACUCGAUCUGUAUCAGCAAACGGGGGUCUGCCGAAUUCAGGACGAAUACUGUGGACGCACCAGCGUACAUCUCGACGCCUUUCAUUGGGUCCAGCGUGAUUCCUACCUCCCCCAGGGCGCACAGGGUCUCAAGGCCGUCACCAAGUACAAACUCGGAUACGACCCCGUCGAAGUCGAUCCCGAAGACAUGCUGCGCUUUGCGCACGAAAAACCCGUACACAUGGCCACCUACUCCGUUUCCGACGCCGUCGCGACCUACUACCUCUACGAAAAGUACGUCCACUUGUUUAUUUUCUCGCUCUCCACCAUCAUUCCCAUGGGACCCGAGGAUGUCCUGCGCAAAGGUAGCGGGACAUUGUGCGAGGCGCUAUUGAUGGUGCAGGCUUGUCAAAAAUCCAUCAUUUGCCCGAACAAACAGGUCGACGAGGUCGCCAAAUUUCACAAGGGGCACUUGCUGGAGAGCGAAACCUACAUUGGCGGAAAGGUGGAGUGCCUGGAAACCGGUGUAUACCGUAGCGACAUCGAGUACGAGUUUGAUCUCCAACCGUCCGCCUUUCAGCAAUUAAUCGAUAAUGUGGACCGGGAUUUGACCUUUGCGAUUGAAGUGGAGGGCGGUCAACAACGUGACGAUAUUGUCAAUUACGGGGAGAUUCGCACCCAGAUAGUCCACGAGCUGGAACAGCUCCGGGACCGACCCCAGCGCACCGAAAAACCCUACAUUUAUCAUCUGGAUGUCGGUGCCAUGUACCCCAACAUUAUUCUAACGAACCGCCUGCAGCCGAGUGCCAUCGUGGACGACGCGACGUGCGCCGCGUGUGAUUAUAAUCAGGAAAAGAACGGAUGCAAACGACCGAUGGAGUGGGUGUGGCGGGGUGACCACAAUCCUGCCACCCGCAACGAGUACGACCGGACCAAAGAUCAACUCGCGCGGGAACCCCAACGUGACAAUUUGUCCUUUGCGCAGCUUCCCGACAGCGAACAAGCCAUCCUGGUCGCCGAGCGCCUCAAGACGUACGCUCGCAAGGCCUACAAAAGAACCAAAGUUACGGAAGAGAAUACUCGACAAGACGUGGUGUGUAUGAGAGAGAACAAUUUUUAUGUGGACACGGUCCGGCAGUUUCGAGAUCGUCGCUACGAAUACAAGAAACUCAACAAGACUUGGAAGAAACGGGUGUCGAGCGCCAAAGAUGCCGCGACCAAAAAGGAAUGUGAAGAUCGAGUCUUGGUCUACGAUUCCUUGCAGAUUGCACACAAAUGUAUCUUGAACAGUUUUUACGGAUACGUAAUGCGUCGAGGUGCUCGAUGGCGGUCGAUGGAAAUGGCGGGAAUCGUCACCAAGACGGGAGCCGACAUUAUCACACAGGCCCGUGUAUUGGUAGAGCAGAUAGGUCGACCUUUGGAACUUGAUACGGAUGGCAUUUGGUGUAUAUUGCCCCGUAGUUUCCCCGACGUGUACACGUUCCAGUCCCGAGACGGCUCCCACCUCAAACUGGAAUAUCCUUGCGUCAUGUUGAACGCUGAUGUCCACAAUAAGUUCACAAAUCAUCAAUACCAAACUUUGGUCGAUCCAGUCCGCGGGAUAUACGAAACGAGAAGCGAAUGCUCCAUUUUCUUUGAAGUCGACGGGCCCUAUCGUUGCAUGGUGCUUCCCGCGAGCACGGAAGAGGGCAAGCUUUUGAAAAAGCGCUACGCCGUUUUCAACUUUGACGGCUCUCUCGCCGAACUAAAAGGAUUCGAGCUGAAACGGCGCGGGGAACUCGAACUCAUUAAAACAUUUCAAUCUCAAGUUUUUGAGCGCUUUUUAGACGGAAGCUCUCUCAAAGACUGUUACGAGAGUGUCGCCGAGGUUGCAAAUCAUUGGAUUGAUGUGAUCGAUACUCGUGGAGACAGUCUUGAUGACGAGGAACUUGUUGGUCUCAUUAGUGAAAACCGUAGCAUGAGUAGGCAAUUGGACGAUUACGGAGAUCAGAAAGGAACCUCCCAAACAACCGCGCGGCGUCUUGGUGAGUUCCUUGGCGCCGAAAUUAUAAAGGACAAAGGUCUGAAUUGCAAGUUCAUCAUUGCGGAGCAACCUUACGGUGCUCCGGUGACAGAUCGGGCCAUUCCGACCGCAAUUUGGAAAGCAGAAUCUAGUGUUAUGAAGCACUUUUUGCGCAAGUGGCUCAAGUCGCCCGGCUUGGAUGGUGACGCACUCGAUAUUCGGAACGUCUUGGACUGGGAUUACUACCUCGAUCGUCUCGGGAAAUCGAUUCAGAAGAUCAUCACUAUACCUGCUGCUCUGCAGAAGAUCCCUAAUCCUGUCCCUCGCGUAGAGCAUCCUGGGUGGCUCACGUCCAAGGUCAAUCAUUUAAACGACCGCUUUCAACAGCAGAGCAUACAGUCUGCGUUUAGCGUACAAGCAAAGAAUCCUCUGGUGCGAAUUAAUGAGCUCGACAUUGAGGACUCUGGACCUUCUAGUCGUGAGUCAAAAAGACCAGUGGUUCACAGAAUGCGCCGGCACCGAGUCAAGACAUUAGAUUCAACAGUGGAGGUGGACGCUGAACCCCAUGCCAUAAAAGAGCGAGUCAGUCUAUCUAAGGAAAAAUUUGGUGACUGGCUUGCGCAGAAGAAAAAAUUAUGGCGAAAGUUGCGGAGCCAACGAAGUGUGCCUGCAAAAUCGGAUGGUGUUGACCGAGCGGAUAAGAAGGCACGGACGGCGCACACUAUAGAGAGUUAUGUGCGGGAUGCAGCGUUGGCAAUAAGUCAGAAGGAGUGGCAGAUUGUGGAAAUGCGUGAAAUCUCCGGAUCGGGUGAGCUUGUUCUUUGGACGAUGGUAGGAACCGAUUCGCUACAGAAGAUCGUCGUCACGGUUCCUCGUACGGUUUACAUAUCGACUCGAGUAGAGGCUAUCUGUACUUCAUCCGAUAUCCAUUCCUUCCGGAAGGUAGAUCGUCAUCUUCCACGUGGUCGCUGUACUUCCUAUCUGUACGAAGUCUGCAUGCCGGAAUAUGUGUAUCGAGAUCAAAGCUGGAUUAGUUCCAUUGAACCCGUGCAACACCUCGAUAAAGCUGAGUUUAUGUUGGAAAGUGUAUUCGAAUCGGGGGUACCACUACUGAAUCGAGCCUUGACCGAGCUUGGAUCAUUUUGUCGAGUAAAGACGGAAAGCCAGAGUUCAAAAGGACGCAAGGGCUACCUUUUGACAGAUCUUAUUCGAGUGGAGCGCCCUGCGACUAAGGAAUAUCUUCACCGAGAUAUCUCUUUCAGCCGAAUUUUCCUUUAUGUCCGGACUCAUCCGAGGACCAAAACUGGUGUCGUUGCGCUUUACGUCAUUGACAACGGCAAGACGCUACUGGAGAAUACUUCUGGUAGGGAAGGGACUCAUCGAUCUUCCGGCGUCGACAUCAGUAGACCUGCUGAAGCAGAGCCCGGUACUGUCGAUGUAGGUUGUUCUUGUCAUAUCUGGAUCAUUAAACCUGGGUCAAAAUCGGCUCAGCGCAAUGUGACGAUUAAACAGUCUUCAAGCGGUCCAUCCUUGAUUCUUCUAUCCAGCAGCCAGCCUGCAGUCAGUCUGCGACGAUACAUGUCCACAUUUGGAUCUUUGCCGGUUGUCUCAAUGAACUUUCCACCGGGUCCAUCACAUAACCCUGACAUUUCGACGCUACCUGCCUUGAAUUGGGAACAGCCCGCAGUUCAGUUGUGUUUCGAAGCAUAUCUGUUCAUGUACAUUAUCGCAUUCCCAAAGCGUGUCUCCUACGCACGAUACGGGCGCGUGCCUCUUGGCAAUCUAGGCGCCGACGAAAACAUGGCGGUAUAUGACGUGAAUUUCAGCCGUUUGAUUGGCAAAAAUCGAGCUGUAUCUUGGGCGAAUCCCAGGUUAGGCAAGCCCGACCUUGGCGCAAACUUCAUGGUAUCUGAGGACGAAAUUUGGGGCGAUGACGACGAGCUUGUUAGCCCCGUUAUUCGUCGGCCAGGUUGCUACCGAUCAAUCUGCGUCGACAUCGACGUCUACGAUCUAGCAAUCGCUGCGCUUACAGAUUUGUCUUCUUCGCUAGCAACUGGGGGACCUGGGUUGCUAGCUUCUCAGGCAAAUCCAAGCUCUCCGAAUAACGUUGCUUUGUUUGACUCUAGUUUCGGUAUGUCUACUAUUGCCGGUCCUCUUGGGGACGAGAUGUCAACCGUCGUGUCGCUUCCGAUUGCCCGAGCUCUAGUUUGUGGCUGGCUUAAAGACGCCAUGAAUGCACAAAGCGACGUGGCGGACGAGUUACUUCAUCAUGUCUACCGUCUCAUUUCAAGCCCUCAGGCAUUACUCCACGAUCCUGCUCUUCAUCGUGCUGUCCACGGUUUGAUGAAGACAGCCUUCUUUCGAAUUCUUGGUGAAUUGCAGCGGUUGGGCUGCUCAAUCAUCUACGCUUCCUUCCAUCGAAUUACCGUCGCUACAAACAAGAUCGAACUUGCUGACGCGGAGGAGUACAUUAACUUUGUCAUUGCGACAGCCCGUAAGAGAGCCAAUGAAAACAAUGAACAGGGCGACUCUCUCUCAAGGGUGGCGCUACGGCCGAGACAAUUUCACACUCACUUUGUAUUUCUUGACGAGUAUAACUUUGGAUCUGUACAACUGGAAAGAGUUGAGAAGUUAGACUUAGAGAGCGAAAAUGACUUUAACAUUCCAGAAAGCGAGCACAAGUCCACCGUUGUCGUUCCGUCCGUAAUAACAGCUUGGAGUGUAAUGAACUAUCUCGGAAGCCAGAUCGGACAUGAAUAUUUCCGUGCAAUAAUUGGGCGAUUCUCGAAGGACGUCUUCAAAAAGCAGAUGGAACUGGUCGCUCUAGGCGAUCGUUUGUCGCUGACAGGAAUCAAUGACUUUGAUUCGCAACUUUUGGACCACAAGAGACAAAUGGUUCGAAAGCACUUUGCGUCCUACCUAACACGAGCCGUAAGUGAAAUUCUAAAAGACAGUGCCGAGGAUUUGAUCCUUCCUCCGAUGUAUACUGGGAAAUCAAGUCCGAUCGUACCUGCUUUGGAGUUCAUAAAGAAUGUUACCGUCAUCCUCGAACUCGAUUCAGAUAUCGAAACCGAAGUCCAUGUUUUGAAGCGUAGCUUGCUAGCUCAAAUCGGAGUUGCAGAGUACGCAAAAGCGGCACUCUGGGAGAAUCCGUGUCCGAAAUAUAUUCUGCCGGAUGUUUUUUGUACGGAGUGUUAUGAAAGCCGUGAUCUCAAUUUGUGCUAUGUUCCUCCUCGCGAAAUCGACAACAAAGUUGAGAAGGAUUGGGUUUGUGAAGAUUGUGGAUCUUCUUAUGACGUCGGUGUAAUUGAGCGACGAUUGAUCAGUCUUGUUAAUCGCAAGGUGGUUCGAUACCAGCUGCAGGACGUUCGGUGCACGAAGACCAACCGCGUUGCCACCAGAGCUCUUGCUGCUCUUUCAGAUUGCUCUGCUGGUCUCAAGCUAGACCUAACUCCGAAGUCUGCCAAGAUUGAGGUAACUCUUCUGCGCAGCCUCGCCGACUAUCACGGACUUGAGUGUUUACGCGACACGACGGAUAGUAUCCUGUCCAGUCACGUCGUGUUCUAG